GCGAUGAUUGGGGCGUGACCUCCCCUUUCCCAUCACCCCCCGCGCCCGCCGGGCCCGAACCCGGAAGCUCCCAACGCAAAAAAUUCCCAAAAAUCCCAAAAAUUCCCAAAAAUUCCCAAAAAUUCCCAAAAAAAAUCUCCGGGAUCGCCGCCAAUUCCCCCCCCGGGCCCGCCAUGACUUUGUUCCACUUCGGGAAUUGCUUCGCGCUCGCCUAUUUCCCUUAUUUCAUCACCUACAAGUGCAGCGGCCUGUCCGAGUACAGCGCCUUCUGGCGCUGCGUCCAGGCCGGAGCCACCUACGUACUGGUGCAACUGGGAAAGAUGCUGUUCCUGGCCACGUUUUUCCCCACCUGGGAGGGGCCCUCGGGCGGAUACGACCUGGUGGGGGAAUUCCUGCGGGCCACGGUGGACGUGGCCGAUCUCGGGGGGCUCCAGCUGGCCCUGGGCCGGGGCGGGGGGAGGGGCGAGCUCCGAAUCCUGGUGGCCGCCCUGGGCUGGGCCAGCGCCGAGCUGCUGACGGCCAGGUGCGUCCCGCUGUGGGUCGGGGCCCGGGGGGUGGAGUUUGACUGGAGACACCUCCAGAUGGGGCUGGACUCCAACAUCAGCCUGGUGAGAACUGGGGGGACUGGGACAAACUGGGAGGGA